CGCAUUAUAUUGAUCGCAUUUUUAAUUACGGAGAGUGUGAAUCAAGAAUUGAUAAUGAAUCUACCAACUUCGUGCUUUACCUUUUUCGCCAUUUUUCAAUUUUUCGUGAUAAUUUCUAGUGGUGCACAGGAAAUUAAGAUCAAACUUAACAGUUCAGUGCUUCUGCGGGACAAGGAACGUGGAGUUGGCUUUGCCGCUUUUAAAAAACACGAACAUAGCUACCUGAUCGUCACUCCAAUAUGUGCUGUAUUCGUGAAUAACGUUAAAGAGUGUGUGGUUUUGACAGCAAUGCAUCAUUCAGCCUUUUCAUUCAACUUUGCUGUCCAUCCCAAUGUACACGGUCUGCAUCAAUGUGAAUUACUGGACACGGAUUUGUUCAACAACACAGACAAACUGACGACGAACAACUCGGCGUACAAUCACUACAGUAUUGGGUCUCUGUGUGCGAAAAAUCCUUGUCUAAAUGGCGGGUCUUGUGUGGCUCUAUACACAAGCGACGAUUACAAAUGUAACUGUGGCAGUGGAUUAGAAGGAAAGAACUGUGAAAAGGACAUUGAUGAAUGCGUCAGUAACCCUUGUCUUAACAAUGGUACCUGCGUCAACUUGCAUGGAAGUUUCUUGUGUAACUGUACGGCUGAGUAUGUUGGGAAUACGUGCGAGAUGAAAGAUCAUUGUUCCAGCAACCCUUGUCUUAACCACGGUACGUGCGUUAACCAACAUGGGGGAUUCUCAUGCAGUUGUGCGGUGGAGUACGCAGGGGUCAGAUGCGAGACUAAAGUCUGUAAGCCAGAAUGGACAGAAUUGCAUGGAAAAUGCUACAAAGUAUUCCCUGUUGCCAUGAAAUGGAACGAUGCUGUAUCGACUUGCAAAGCACAAGGUUCCCACCUCACCUCGGUCACAAGCCUCGAGGAGACCAACUUCUUGAUAACUCUGGUCAAGAAUGCUAUAACGGAUAAGUUUGUUUGGAUUGGACUUAACGAUAUUGACCAGGAAGGAAAGUACACGUGGGUUGAUGGCUCGGCAUUCAUUUUUUCAAGCUGGAUGGAAGGUCAGCCGAACGACCCCGGCGCAACAGAAAACUGUGUUGAUUUUGGAAUAGCGGGUGGGGCGUGGUAUGACUUUGGCUGUCAUAACUUGGAGCGUUAUGUUUGCAAGUACAUUAUGUAAAAGAAAUUCGAAUAGUUACACAAGAAUGUGAAAGUGAGCACUGGUAGGCCUGUCCCCAUUGCGCUGUGCAAGUUUUGAGUACUUUUUCGAGUUUGGAGCACCACUUUUUAAUUUUGAGCAUUUGGGUUUGUACCCGAUUAUUUUACAUGCCAUUUGGUCAUGAAAACGCGCAUUUUGUCAGUACCGCGGAUUGAUAGAUUGGGUCGAGUGACGUCAUAAUGGGAAUCGGAGGCUAGGACCACGAGCUCCCUUUUAUAAACUCUUAAGAAGUUGGCUUUUGUUUUGCGAGUUUCACGGCUUCUUAGUACAUGAAUUAACACUGGCUGUGAAAUAUGUCUUCAUGUGAGCUUCAUAUUCCUAUUAUGACGUCAAAACCACGUUAGUGCCAGAUCUUUUUCCCGUCACUUUUUCAUCAUGUGCAUGACUUCUCAUUGAGUAUUAUUUCUUUGUUUACUAAUUACACUUGGAAAGUAUCCCGUACUGUCCAAAUAUUUAUAAACCAAAUUCACUUGACUUAGUGGCCGGAACAUUUCUUUCAAAUACGCAUAAAAAUAGCAAUUUAUCUGAUUAUUAUAAGAAAUUUAUGUUUUAUAUCCCCGAUUUUAUACCUUUUACUUCUUCAAAGGGUUCUUAGAACAAUAGAAGAACAAUCUCCAGCCCCUCUCUCCUUCUCAGACGAAAUAAUCCCCAGGUGACCCCCCUAGGGAUAACAAUCACCUUGAUACCGAGGAGCUCUGGGUACGAGAAUGUCACAUAGCACAGGCGCCAGUUUCAAACUGCUAUAUUUAGACAUAUACUUGAUUAGCAUAAUUAGUUGAUGUGAAGACGAAAAGAUGGAGAUAAAUGUUGGGCAGCUAACAGUUAAAUUUAUCGUAUUUUGAACCUCUUUUCUGAAUACAGAACCAGACAAAUUUUAGUAUCGUUUGAAGGAAUGCAUUCAUUGAUGAAUAUGAAGAAAUGUAGUUCCUAAAACAUUGGCAAACCAGGAUAAAUCAGUAAGAACCGUGUGAGAGCUCGCUGGCUUUUCAUAGAUGCAGCAUGCUAUAUAUAUUAUUUUAUCAUCGGGUAAGUGGAAUACUAGUUACUAUUUAAUAUCUUUCAUUUACAAGAAAUAAUUGCUACCCAGCAAAAUGAGUAGGAUUGAAUAAGUCUAGAAAAUAUAAUCAUAUUUGUAUACACUCAAUUGCAAGAUCUUAUUUUAGAGUUUGAAAAACUUCAAAACGGUACAUGGGAAGUACGUUAACGAGAGAUAUCUAGUGAUACACCUCGUGGAAUGUUCAUAUAUUGUUUCACUGACAGAUAACAUGAAGGCUUUUAACACUUUUCAUAUCUACUGUGUAUCUCAAAUGAAUACAUCAGAGGAUAAUCAUGUUAUUUCCCUGAAUACCUUUCAGUCUCAGCAUCUAUGUUUUGAACGUGAUAAUGAUUUUUCAUUUGAGUGUAUAUCAAAACGACAUGCAACAGUAUCCGGCAUACUUCCCUGUAGCUAGUUACCCGUAACUCCCAUAAUGUCAUUUAUAUUCUUGUAAAAUAUUGGAUUACCGGGUAUUUGGUCUGUUUUAUGCCGUACCCGGCAUGAAACCCUGCGCCGGAUAUUCAUUUCUUAGUCGUUGGCUCGAAUUUUUAGGACGUUGCGUUUUGAAGCUAGAGUUUGUUGAUCUUAAAGCGAAAGUACGUAAAUUCCACAUAAAGAGUUGUGAAAUGGUUGCAUGUAAGUCAAAUGAUGGCAUAUCAUGGGAUUAUAAAACAGAUGUUACGCGCGAUCUGAUUGGUCAAAAGGGACAAGUGUCUCUUAAUAGACGAAUAUGUUAUGCGCGUGCAUGUUUUCCUAGCUAUUUUUUUGUAACCAGGCUUGCAUGGACAAAGCUCAGAACUUGUUAGCAUUGAGCCCGUGCAUAUCUGCAAUGCGGCGUCGCACGAAAAUAUAAACAGACUGUAGAGAAAACCUUGCAUUUGGCAAAGGCCCCGUCCACACGUAUCCGCAAAUUUUUGUGUCCGUAUCCGCAAAUUUUAUGAAAACGGAUACGUGUGGACGGUGAAAACGAUUCGAAUACGCUGCGUGUGGACGCAAACAUUUUCGUAUCCGCAAACAAUUAUUUGCGGAUACAAAAAUUUCCGGAUACGUGCGGACGGGGCCUAAAGGGAGUAUGGAAAUUUUCGCAAUCAAACUAUAGGAUUCACGAGGGGAAAAUAAAAGGUGAUAACUUCACAUGUGAAUGUACUGCAUGUGAUGGUAAGCUUAAAGACCAAUAUUCACGGGAAUAACAGUUUUGCAUAUCUUCUUCAACUAAUGUCCAAUGCCAUGCAAACAAGCCUGAAUUUAAAAUCCCAAUUGUUAUUCCAGUUUUAAACUAAAUCCUAAAUCACA